CAGGUGAGGGCAAGCUUCCGCCAUUUCUUAUUUUCUGGAUUCUUAUUUGGACACGCAUAAAUUGAUUUGGACAUGGAUCCCAGCAGAAGUGCCCAGGAUGUGAUCAGAUGUGACCUUUGUGAGACAGCUAUAGUACAGAUGUACUGUGAUUUCUGUCAUGUCAACCUCUGUAAACUCUGUAUUGGAGAACACAUUGCUGAUGAAUAUGAAAAACAUAAAAUUGUCCCAUUCCAACAAAGAAAAUCCACCUUAAUUUAUCCACAGUGCAAUACACAUGAAACAAAAAGAUGUAAAUUUCACUGUAAAGAAUGCAACACAUCUGUGUGCUCUUUAUGCAUUAUAACUGAUACACAUAAGGGGCAUACCAUUAUAACUCUUUUGGAUAUCUUUAAUUCAAAGAGAGAACUCAUAGGGAAAGAUACAGAAGAAUUAGAACAAAUAAUUUCUCCUACUUAUGAAGAAAUUGCCACUGAUAUAGAAACUCAGAUUGCCAAUCUGGAUGGAGAAUAUAAUGAACUCUCAACAGCAGUAACAAAACAUGGAGAAGAAUGGCACAAAGAAAUUGACAAAAUCGUCAACAAAUUGAAAACAGAAAUAGAAGAAGUAAAAAAUAAACAUCUAAGCACUCUGAAGAAACAUUUAGAUGAAAUUAAACAGAUUAUAUAUCAAAUUCAGCAAACUUUGCUUCAGUUAAAUAGAAUAGAUGAAUCAAAUGAAGUGUCCAUGACUAUGGAAUACAGUUCUAAAAUGGAAGAAUUAAGCAUACUUCCGCAUAAAGUUAAGAUAUCACUGCCUGUGUUCAGUCCAAAGUCAAAAGAUGCAGAACAUCUUUAUACAUUGUUUGGAUCUUUAACAGAAUUAACUACCAAAACAGAAGAAAAUGGGUACAAACUGAAGAAACCAGAGACACCAAGCAGAGAACUGCUUGAAGAACCAGAACUUAUCACCACUAUAAAUACUGGGUAUGAAAAACUCUAUAGUGUUACCUGUCUUAGUGAAGAAGAAAUCUGGACAAGUGGAUUUGUCGAUGAUAUGAAAUGCUUCAACAUUCAAGGCUCAAUAAUGAAGACAAUCAAAACAAAAUCAGGGAAAUGGCCUUAUGAUAUAGCAGUGACAGGUGAUGGUGAUCUAGUGUAUGCCGACUGGAAAACAAGGACUGUGAAUAAGGUAAAGAAUGGACAUACAGAGAUGAUCAGACUCCAGGGCUGGAGACCUCUCAAUCUCUGUGUCACCUCCUCUGGUGAUCUCAUGGUUACUAUGUACAGUGAUGAUAAAACACAGUCCAGAGUUGUGCGUUACUCAGGCUCCACAGAGAAACAAACAAUCCAGUUUGAUGAGGAGGGUAAACCUCUGUAUUCAGGAAAUGACUACAUUAAGUACAUCAGUGAGAACAGAAACCUGGAUAUCUGUGUAGCUGACAGUAAAGCUUGUGCUGUAGUGGUGGUCAAUCAGACUGGAAAACUCCGAUUUAGAUACACUGUACAUUCUUCUACUACAAAAAACAAGCCAUUUAAACCUUACGGCAUCACAACAGACAGUCAAAAUCAGAUCCUGACAGCAGACAGUGAUAACCACUGUAUCCACAUCCUAGAACAGAACGGACAGUUCCUACGUUAUAUAGAUAACUGUGAUCUGAAGGAGCCAUAUGGUUUAUGUGUAGACAAAAGUAAUAAUCUGUUUACUGCUGAGUAUGGAGGAAAGAUUAAGAAAAUUAAAUAUCUUAGAUAGACAUGUAUUUAAGGAAUCACUGUCUAGUUAGGAGAUUAUGCCAGGGCAUCAACAAUAGUGGGAAACAUGGGAUAAUUUGCAUAAUGGGCUUCCUGCUAAAGUUAUCCCAUGUUUCCCACUAUUGUUGAUGCCCCUAGCAUACUCUCCUAACUAGACAGUGAUUACUUAUAUUUCCAUUUUUACUUGAAAUAACAAUCUGAAAAUAAAUCGAAAUACCGUCUAA